GGGGAUGUUUGGGGGGCUCCAUUUUCAGAUCUGGCCUUGUGGGAGCUUUGGGAGCUGGAGCUGGGGAAAGUGAGGGACUGUCUGAAGCUGGCUGCUUGGGAUGUGGGUGAGGCCCCGGGGAGCUGGGCUGCAGCCCUGUCACUGCAGCCUGGAGCCCUGCAUUUUCUCUGGAAAAGCUGCUCCCUGUUUCACCAUCUCCUCUCACUCUGAGUCCCAGGGACCCUGCUCAGGCGUCUGCAGGGCAGGAUGGGCCCUGAAAUAUGGCAGCUGGGAGGUUUGCAGCAGUUUCUAAUCCUCCCUCCCCUGCUUCUUCCAGGAGGUACCACAAAAGGAUCUGGCCCCUCUGGGAAAAGAGGGAGAAGCAGCCAAAGCCGAGGAGGAGCGGCAAAGCAAGGAGUUGCUGGUAGGUGCCCAGAGCCCCCUGCCACUGAGAAACAGACGGCAGCUGAGAGGCAGAAGAUCGUCUGGGAGUGGAAGGAGCUGCGAGGGUUUCUGGAGGAGCAGGAGCAGCGGCUGCUGGCCCGGCUGGAAGAGCUAGAGAGAGCCAUUGUCCAGAGAAGGGAUGAGGGCGUCUGCAGCCUGUCCUGGGAGAUUUCCCUGCUCAGUGACAGGGGAGGAGAAAAGGGGCAGCAGCCGCUGAGCCAACCCCUGCAGGGUGCUGGGAGCACUGGGGGCAGCAGGGAGGACGGGACAUUUCGGAAGCCAAAGCCGUCGUUUGCGGAGCUGGAGAAGAGACUCAGCGAUUUCUCUCUGCAAAGUGCCAUGCUGCAGGAGGUGCUGCUGGGAUUCAAAGAGAUGCUGCGACGGGGGCUGGGAAGCGACACAGCCAUCCCAAUGAUGAUUAAUUUCUGGGAAACAUCCUCAGCAGAAUUAUUUGAAAGUGUUGCACCAGACAGUAAAGGCACAGAGGCAGUGGCUUGUGGGAAAGAGGGCGGCAGAGUAACGCCCACCUUUGGCUCCAGAUUGUUCCAGCCUCCCAGGGGACAGGAAAGGGAACUGGCGGUAGUGGAGCCAGUCCAGGGGCCAGUGACCUUCGAGGAGGUGGCUGUGUAUUUCACCAGGGAAGAGUGGGCUCUGCUGGACCCCCGUCAAAGAGCCCUCUGCAGAGACGUCAUGCAGGAGAACUAUGAGAAUGUGACCUCGCUGGGUGUUGGGAUGGUGAGUGAGAACGAGGAGGAGAAUCCCCAGCAGGAAGAUGCUGAGCAAGUAGAACCACAUGAGACAUUAUCAAGAAGACCCAAAGGAAAUGUUUCUGGGAGUUGUGCACUGCCAGAAAAAGAAAAAGCUUGUGAGACUCAGCAGAGGCCAGAGGAAAACUUAAGUAGCCUCUCAGACCUUAUUACACAUGAGAAAAUCAACUUGGAAGAGACACGCUACACAUGCCAUGAGUGUGGGAAAAGCUUCCAUGGGAGUUCAGACCUUUUCACGCAUCAGGGAAUCCACAGAGGAGAGAGACCCUACAUGUGCUCUGAGUGCGGGAAAAGCUUCAGUCGGAGCUCCUACCUUAUCUCACAUCAGAUAAUCCACACAGGUGAGAAACCUUACGGAUGCUCUGAGUGCGGGAAACGCUUCAGUCGGAGCUCCUACCUUAUUGCACAUAGGAGAAUCCACACAGGUGAGAAACCUUAUGGAUGCUCUGAGUGCGGGAAGCACUUCAAUUGGCGCUCACACCUUAUCACACAUAGAAGAAUCCACACAGGUGAGAAACCUCAUGGAUGUGCUGAGUGUGGGAAACGCUUCAGUUGGCGCUCACGCCUUAUCAGACAUCAGAGAAUCCACACAGGAGAGACGCCCUGCACGUGCACUGAGUGUGGGAAAAGCUUUAAUUGGCACUCACAGCUUAUCACACAUCGUAGAAUCCACACAGGUGAGACGCCCUACACGUGUUCUGAGUGUGGGAAACAUUUCAGUCAGAGCUCAAGCCUUGUCACACAUUUGAGACUCCACACAGGAGAGACGCCCUACACAUGCGCGGAGUGCGGGAAAAGCUUCAAUCAGAACUCGCACCUUAUCACACAUCAGAGAAUCCACACGGGAGAGACACCCUACGCAUGCUCCGAGUGCGGGAAAAGCUUCAAACAGAGCUCUGGCCUGAGCAGACAUCAGAGAAUCCAUACAGGAGAGAGACCCUACGCAUGCUCUGAGUGCGGGAAAACUUUCAAAGAGCGCUCAGACCUUCUCAGACAUCAUAGAAUCCACAGUGGAGAGAGACCCUACAGAUGCUCUGCAUCUGGGAAAAGCUUCAAUCAGAGCUCAUUCCCUAUUAGACAUCAGAAAAUCCAAAUGGGAGAGAACUGUAAGAAAUGCCUUGAUUAGGGCUGGCCAAAGAUUUGUUUUUUAAAAAAACACAUUUGCUCAUUCCAAUAUAGUGAUCUUUGCACCAUCUUCACCAUAGUUUCUCAUCUCCCCCAGAUGAGUCACCUGCUUCUGCCUUUUGAAGCUCACACCACUUUGAGGUCGGUCCUGUGAUCUUUUCUAUCAACUCCUUUCCUUUUGACUCGUAGGAGCGUGUGUCCCUCCAGCCAGGAAUGUUCAUCAGCUCCAGGUGGGGUAGAGAGGUUUGAUUCCCAACAAGCAACAUUGAGGCAAAAGCUACCUGUGCCUUACAUCCACUAGGGCUGCACAUUGCGUUGGCUGCUCAAGUUAGUGAUCUUGGUGUAAAAAGACAAUUAUAGUUGCAGAUGCAGCCCAGGUGCAGUGGUUGGCAUUAGCUUUCCCCUUGUCCUGACCUAAACUCCAUCACUUUUCCUAGUCUAAACAAACCCUGAGCAUCACGGUUAUACUGUUCCCCCAUUUCAAAACAAUUGUUAGUCAUCAAGUUUCCCCCUUGGAACAAAUUGUUUCAUUCUCAGUUGCUUGAUGUAGCUUCUGGUUUUGCUGGAGAACAGAUAUUUUUAUUACCAUUUUCCUCACUUAAAAUAUAUUGAACUAUAACAAAGAGCAGGAACAGGGCAGAGAUAGAGGAAAAUGACAUUUCACCAGCUAUAAAAACAGAAGGAGAAAGGGUAAAUCAGAGAGAUUCCCUUAUUCCCCAUCACCAUCCCAACCCCCCGUUGUUCAAUUGGUUAGGUCAAUAUUUUUUAUAAAGGACUGGGAAGAAGAUUCCCUCGUAAAUAACUUGUAACUAAAGUACGCAUGCAUUGGGCUCCCAAAGCCGUUGUGGCCCAGGCCCUGCAGGAGGUCACUUCUGAAGAUAUCUCCUUCCUAAUCAGGUGCAUGUUGCCUUUUAUUUGGGAAAUGCAAUCCCUUUCUGGGUAGAGAUGGGAAAAAUGGAAGUGACAUUUCUGUUCAGCUAACCCCUGAGAGAUGCUGCAAGUGUGUAGAAAAUGGAAUCCAUGUUGAAUGUGCUAUAGCUAACCCCCCUCAUUUUUGCAUAAUUCCCCUUUUUGAAAUUAAAUGCCACAGUGUUGGGCUGUUGAGAUGUUCUUCCCAGCACAGGGAUGUUAAACGUUAUUAUAUUAUGCAGUUUAUUUCGAGCAACUGCAGUUAGUCGGGAGAGUACACACAGGCAGAGUUUCCCCUCCUGAGGUAGGUCUCGGUUAGAUAAACAGUUAAGGCAAGCAUUUAUACCUUUUGUGACAUACAGUAAUGAGAAACAACUGCAUUUUGUUUGUACAUAUUCCUUUCUGAUAGCUUACUUCUCUCAGCAAUUUCUGCUACAGUCUGCAUUCUGUUCUUAUCUAACACAAGGUCAAAAACCAGCAUCUCUUACAGUUCUUUUCCACUCGCCCAGGCCCUGCUUGGAAGUCUCGCAUUAUUAGCUGUUAGAGUUAGCCUGGUAAAUAUCAAAUCCCUGAGAAAACACAGUUAUACGAAGCAAAACGAAAUCACAAACAGAAAAGUCAUUGGAAAUAGAGAAAUAAAAAAGGGAAAUGCAAUUCCCAUCACUUUCUCGUGUCUGGGCCAUUCCUGUAUCGAGAGCACCCACUAAGGUCCCUGUGUGCUUACGAGAAACCUGGAGGAACUCGUACCACAGCCUGUACAUGAAACUCAGCUGCUCCCAGGUGCCGCGGUAAAACCCUUUCCCUGCUGUGAUGUUGAUGGUUUUAUGAAAAUAUGCUAAUGAGUGUGAAUAUAAUGUAACUGGAACAUGCUUCAUGUAAAAGGUGUCUUGUACAGUAUCAUUACAAAGCUUAUUAUCU